CCGCGCGGCCGCCACGCGCUCCGCCACGCUCGAGCCGCGCCGCGCACCGCACGCGAACUCGCUCUCGUACCGGAACUCGGACACCGAGCAACUUUAUUCAUACGCUACUUAUUGCACAUUAAUUCUAAUUUUCAACCGUACCGUAUAGUUCAUUUUUAAGACACAUUUAUCAAAUAAUUAGUGAUCAUUGAUUCAAUUUCAUGUGUUUUCGCUCAUAAUUAAAAUACGAAUAUUAUAAUUUACUUCAAUAUUUUUUUUUUAUUUAUUUAUUUAUAAAAAAAUUCAAAUACAUAAAAAACUUCAUCGGUUCAAAAUAUAAACAAUAAUGCAUAUUUUACAGAGACAUUUUCACGCGGAUGUUUAUUCGUAAACAAUUUAUAUUAUAAUUUUCAAUUUAAAAACAUAAAAAUGUAAUUGUUCCUUUAAUAAAAUCGUUAAUUUAGACGAUGUCAUCUUUUUUCACGUUGUAACUGAGUUUUCUGUGAAUGCGUUAAUAAAAUAUGAAAAGUGUUUAGGAAACAAAACUUUAAGAGAUGUGCGUGGCAUGCAAAUACGUAACAUAUUUCAAAAUGACAAACGUGAAAGUCAUCGGAUGAAACAUGCUACGAGUGGUGGCACUAUCGGCGCUGCUGGCGCAAGUGCAGCCGCGCGCGAGCCCGGCGGGCGCGGGCAACCUGACCGGCGACCCGGCGGCGGCGCGCCCGCUGCUGCUGCACGACGACGUGCGGUGGCUCGCCGCCGGCCACCUCGCCGCCGAGCCGCUGCACUACGACGACCGCCUCACCAGGCUGCUGCAUCGCACUGUCAUUUACGGCGACGAGCGCGCCGACUUCGUUAACGUCUCUGAAAUAUUCAAUGAUGACUUUAAAGUUCUCAGUCGCGUCGACUACUUUGUGGACUACGAAAACUACAUCUCCAGAAAAUAUAGCAGAUACAAGAGAGAAACACAUUCGCUCAUCGCCCCGUUCGACAUAUCUAAGAUGUUCAAGAAGAAAAAGUAUAAAAGCAAGCCUGACACUGUAUUCCAACCGAGCGCCUCGUCCCUGCAGGCGAGCAUGAAACUGGACGAAGCGCGCGUCGCUGACGUUGGCACCGCAUCUGAAGUAUCACCUGUGGCGGCGACUGAUAACAUUCGCUCCUACUCGAAUACGAAACGCGACGUCACUCGCACGGUACCGUCGGCCGUCACCACGUCAACAACAGGCCUCACGACUGAUCAUACCAAUAUAAAUAAUAACCAAAAUAUAGACGGAUCGAAGGCAGAAAAGCCGAAAGUAAUCCUAUCGCAUCAACAGAAGCACGCAGAAAAGAACAGUAGCGCCGGCAGUGGCGGCAGCAGACGCGAGGUACGGCUUGCACACAAGAAAAAGCCGUCGGAAAACGAAACGCUGUGGCCCGUGAAGCACGCGGCUGUGAUCGAAGGUGACAUCGUCCUCGGUGGACUUAUGAUGGUGCACAGCCGGUCGGAGGGGGCGACGUGCGGGCCGGUGAUGGCGCAGGGCGGCGUGCAGGCGCUCGAGGCGAUGCUGUUCGCGCUGGACGCGGCGGCGCGCGCGCAGCUGCCGCCGCCCGGCGUCCGCCUCGGCGCGCACGUGCUCGACGACUGCGACAACGACACCUACGGCCUCGAGAUGGCUCUCGACUUCAUUAAAGGAUCGAUAAGCAACAUUGAUGACGCUGAAUACGCUUGCAAUGCAACGGCGGUCCGGAAGGUGAUCUCGGGCGUGGUGGGCGCAGCGUCCAGCGUCACCUCCGUGCAAGUGGCCAACUUACUGCGACUCUUCAAAAUACCACAAGUGUCAUUUUUCUCGACGUCUCCGGAACUAUCAAACAAAGCUCGCUUCGAGUACUUUACGCGAACAAUUCCUUCAGACCAACAUCAGGUCCGAGCGAUGGUUGAAAUAGUAAAGAAACUUGGUUGGAAAUAUGUGUCCAUUAUCUAUGAAGAAUCCAACUACGGCAUAAAGGCAUUCGAAGAACUGGAAACAUUAUUAGCGCGUAACGAUAUAUGUAUAGCAGUAAAAGAGCGACUCGUGAAGGACUCCGGGGAGGCGGAUGAGAACGCCUACAAUGCAAUAGUCUCUCGCUUAUUGUCUCGACCAAGAGCCAGAGGAGUGAUCGUGUUCGGCUCUGACCAAGAGGUGGCGGGCGUGAUGGCGGCGGUGGGCCGCAUGCGCGCCACGUCCGCGUUUGGCUGGGUGGGCUCGGACGGCUGGAGCGCGCGCGCGCUCGUCUCCGACGGCAACGAGGCCGCCGUCGAGGGCACCAUCAGCGUGCAGCCGCAGGCCAACCCCGUGCGCGGCUUCCGCGACUACUUCCUCAACCUCACCGUCGAGAAUAACCCCCGGAACCCCUGGUUUGUCGAAUUUUGGGAGGAUCAUUUCCGAUGUCGGUACCCGGGCAGCGCGCGCACGCCCUACAACGGGCACUACGAGCGCCAGUGCACUGGCCACGAGCGGCUCACCGCUGACAACACCGAGUUCGAAGCUCAGCUACAGUUCGUCGCUGACGCAGUACUCGCCUUCGUGCACGCCAUUAGAGACAUGCAUAACGAUCUAUGUGGCGGCAAACCUGGACUCUGCGAAGCGAUGCGACCUGCGAGCGGAGCGGCGCUUCUACGGUACCUGCGCAAAGUGCGAUUCACAGGUCUCAGCGGCGACGAGUUCCAUUUCGACAGUAACGGUGACGGUCCUGUGCGCUAUAAUAUCUUACACUUCAAACAAGUCUCACAGGGAGUUUACCGGUGGCUUAAAGUGGGGAGAUACCUCGACGGUGAACUGGAAUUGAACAUGGAUGAUAUUCAAUUCAAGUGGGAUGAGCGUCGCCCGCCCGAGUCGGUGUGCAGCGCGGAGUGCGAGCUCGGCCAGGCCAAGCAGUACGUGGAGGGGGAGAGCUGCUGCUGGCACUGCUUCAACUGCACUCAGUACGAGAUCCGGUCGCCGGUGUCGGAGACGACGUGCGCGGAGUGUCCGCUGGGCACGCUGCCCGACGCGGCGCGCACGCGCUGCGCGCGCGUGCCCGAGCUGUACCUGCGGCCCGACCACCCCGCCGCCAUCGGCGCCAUGGCCUUCUCCACGCUCGGCCUGCUGCUCACCACGUUCGUGCUGUGCGUGUGGGCGGCGCGCGGCGACACGCCCGUGGUGCGCGCCAGCGGCCGCGAGCUCUCGUUCGUGCUGCUCGGCGGCAUCAUGAUGUGCUACCUCGUCACCUUCGCGCUCGUGUUGCGGCCCACCGAUUUUCUGUGCUCGCUGCAAAGAUUCGGCACCGGCUUCUGCUUCACAGUGGUGUACGCAGCUCUCCUGACGAAAACGAACAGAAUUGCUCGUAUCUUCGACGCCAGCAAGCACUCCGCCCGCAGACCCUCGCUCAUAUCGCCCAAGUCACAACUCGUCAUUUGCUCAAUCCUAGUUUCUAUACAGGUGGUGGUGGUGGUGGUGUGGCAGGUGGUGUCGCCGGCGCGCGCCAUCCACCACCACCCGUCGCGCGAAGACAACAUGCUGGUGUGCGACUCGUACGUGGACGCCUCCUACACCAUCGCCUUCUUCUACCCGGUGGUGCUCAUCGUGGUGUGCACCGUGUACGCCGUGCUCACCAGGAAGAUACCGGAGGCUUUCAACGAGAGCAAACACAUUGGAUUCACUAUGUAUACAACAUGCGUGAUCUGGCUGGCGUUCGUGCCUCUGUACUUCGGCACAGCGAGUCAUGUGCCGCUGCGCGUCACAAGCAUGGCUGUCACCAUCUCGUUGAGCGCCAGCGUCACCCUAGCCUGCCUUUUCACACCUAAGCUGUAUAUAAUUAUUGUGAGACCGGAACGCAACGUACGUGCCACGCUGAUGCCGCCGCGCUGGCGCUCGCUGAGCAGCGCGGCAGCGGGCGGCGCGGCGGGCGCCGGCGGCGUGCGGCGCGGCGCGGCCGGCGGCGCCGUCUGCGCCGCCUUCGUGGGCGCCGCGCCGCUGCCGCGCGCGCCCGACCUCACGCCCUCCACCGACCUGUCUACGCUUAACGAUACCGAUAAAACCUGUUCGCUAGAUAGACAAGUGCAAACCGAUGAGACUCUCUUGUAUCCUCGACUCAAAGUGAUCACUAACGAUCUGCACAACUGUGAAACGGAAGAAAACGGAGUGUGUCUCGACCCGAGACGUCUCCUGGAGCUGCGCGGCGGCGGCGGCGGCGGCGGCGGUGGUGGCGGCGGUGGUGGCGGCGGGGUGGCCGCGUGCUGCGCGGACGGAGCGCGCGACGUGGUGGACAGCGCGACUAGAGUCAGCGUCGCAAUCAUCGGCCCGGAGAUGGCCUUAUAGCGGGAGAAUGGAUUUCGUGUAAAACCACGUCGGAUCCCAGUGCUCGUGUGACCCGAUUGAUAUACAUAAGAAUAAUUCAACAAAAAUAAUCUUACAUUAUUGUUUAAAAGUUAUUUUUUUAAAAAUGACUAUUAAUCGUACAACCGUGAUAAGUAUAAUAAUAAAUUUUAAAAAUUAAAAGCGACGUAACUGUGAAGUGUUCAUUUAUACGAUUCUAUUAGUGUAGAAUCGGGUACGUGUCAAAUACACCAACGUUUAUAAUAAUUUUAUGCAUGUAUGGUAUUACGAUACAUAUACAUAUAUGCAUAGUAAUCAUAAAAGAAAACACUUGUCAUGCAGAUUGUCUUGUCAAAUGUAAAUAUAUCUCAAUAAAGAGUAAGAACCUUUAUAAAGGAGAUAUCAUGUGUUAUAUGUAUGUAAUGUAAUAAAUAUUAUUAAAGAAACGAAAUUUGUGAUACUAGAUUCAUAAGCAAACAAAUAAAUGUUACAAUAAAUAAUUGAGUUUGUUUGUUAUCUACUCUUUGGACACAGCAGACAUUUUUUUUUUUUUUUUUAAAGCGGCGCCGUAGCUUUCCUCCUGGUGUGGCAACGUCCACUACUCGUGUACGUGUUACUCCAUCUCUGCCGGGAAACAAUCUUUCGAUCCAUCCUCGUGGCCAAGUACCUCGUGGUAGGGACUCGUCGACUAUAAAAACCACAUCUCCGACUUGCAAAUCCUGCGUUUCUUUUGUUUGGACUCUUAGUUGCAUUGUGGGGAGGACUUCCCGCACCCACCGAUUCCAAAAAUGAUCAGCCAACCUUAAUGCCUUUCUCCAGUCCGAACGGUCAAUUAGGUCACGAUCCUCCAAUGGUGGUGUUAUUUGGUUUGAGGUUGGUUCAUCAGGAUCGCUUGAAACAUGAGUUAAUGGGCGUGAAUUUACAAUUGCCUCAGCUUCUGCUACAAGUGUCGUAAGUAUUUCUUCUUUGGGUGACCUUUCUUUGAGAGUGGCUUUUAAGGCGACCUUGACAGAUCUGUGGUGUAGGGCCUUUUGGUGACUCCUGGGGCCUCACCAACACUGUAUUUAUCCGAGGUUCACUAAUAUUUGUUGAUGGUGGGUAUACAGUAAAAAUGAACUUACGCAUACACGGAGCGAAUGCUAUUUCUAGUCACUAAAAUGAUCUAUUUGAGUAACCUACAAGCACAUACACAAUGAUUCGUUACAAGACAAUAUGAGGAAAAUAAUAUUAAUUUUUUUUUUUUUUUUUUAACGAGCAAGCACGGUGCGUUCGUAAUACGCGCAUCAGAGAGUAUCCGCGAAGUUAGCCGCGCUGCCAAAGCGCUGUGGCCACAGUCGCAGUCUUUAGAUUUUAUAAGGUGACAUUAGGAGGAGAUCAACCCGUAGAUACAAUACGUAUCCGAAACUGAAGUCCCAGCAUCACUCGGUCACGAGCUUACUUAUAAGGAUUUU